UUUCAGAACCGAAUAUUAAUAGAUCGACGAUGUGAAAAUUCGCAGCAGAUCUGAAGUAAAGAUUUCUUUUCCACUCAAUCUUUUGGCAAACCUUGAUUGGCCUUUGGUUUCAACUUGGCAAACCUUGGUUGAUCUUUGGUCUCGACAUUUGGCAAACCUUGAUCUUUGGUCUCGACUAUUAGCAAACCUUGAUUUUUGGUCCUGAAUUUCUUGUUAGUGGCAGGCACACAGAACUCCUUGAAACGGAAGUCCCUGGAUGCUGCAGGUGGUCCCAGGUCUAAAAGAUUCAGGCAGGGGAUGGAUUGCUCAGGGUGCAAGGUCCAGUUGGCAGAGCUGGAGGAGGUCGUCUUCCUCAUUAAGGGAGUUAAGGAUGUUACCUUCACCCUUGCUCCUGAAUGCCGGGAUCUGGUUGUAGAACGAAGUCUAAAGAUUGGAGAUUUAGAUCCCAAGAAGAAGAGGAAAGAUGUCAAUUGCAAGCACUGCAAUUGGGACUUAGGAAAGGAGACUAAAUUUGGACCUGGUGGAACUACGCUUGUUGCAUUUGGUACAGAAAAAGUGAUGGUUCUCGGAAUACAACUUAGGAAGAAAGACCAGUGGCAUGCAGAGGUGACAACAGAAAGAUAUUCAUCUAUACAGAGACGAGGGGAACAUGAUUUUUUCCAGACGGAGAACAGUGUUAUUAACGAAGUUGAAUACAAGUGCCCUACACUUCCAGACCUCAGGUUUCCCAGACAGAUAGAGGACUUUAACUGGAACCAUCUUCUUAUACAAAAAUCUCCUCACGAUUAUCAGAUCAAGUGCUACCUGGAGGGACUGCAGAGGGACCUGGUGGCAGUCCUCUCUACAGGGUCAGGGAAGACCUUGAUAGCCUGCCUAAUCUUGAAACGAAUGAUGUUGCUUAACCCUGAGAGGAUGGGACUCUUCAUAGUUGACAGGAUUCCACUAGUUUAUCAACAAGCUAAGGUGAUAGCUAAAGAGACUGGAUUGCGUGUGGUUGGUAUAGAAGGGGAGAAUAAGACGACCAAGAUGUUAAACGGAUUACACAAUGAUUCCUACGAUGUACUGGUGUGUACUGCUGGAAUGUUCUGGGCUCUCUACGAGAAUGAUAGAAUAUUCUUCAAAAUGUUUAGUUGUGUAGUGUUUGACGAAGCCCACCAUUGUACUGGAGCUCAUGUUUACAAGAAAAUACUAGACGAACUCAACCUUAUGCCGACAAAUGCAAAACCAAGAAUUCUUGGGCUAACAGCCUCUCCUAUCGAUGGUGACACCAUUUUAAAGGCUAGAACUAGUCUAGAGAAGCUGAAAGCGGACUUUAAAACCCCAGCGGUCUACUAUCCUAAUAUUGGAACUGUUGCAACAUCCCCAGAAUACUUUGUUUACAGGUUUACACAAAAACAGCGAGAAUUCAUGAAGGACAUCAUAGCAUCCUGUAACACUAUCAUAAAGAUGAUAAAUUCCAGUUUAUCUGAACACCAGAAGGAUAAUCAGCUGUUUAAUAUUGAUACGAAUAUAGAUAAAUAUUCACAAAUCAAGGGAGGAAUUAACGCCCUCAAGGAACUGAAGGAUUAUCCAAAAAGAAACGAAUUAUGCAAACUACUGGAGAUACUGCUUGAAACCCAGGAGAUAACCCUGAGCAUGGGUCUGAAAUUUGCAUCAGAUAUUCUCACUCAACCAGAGAUAAGAAACAAGCUUAGUCCUCACUUCCCUGUAGAGAAAUAUAUGGAGGAGGAGGAACUCAGUGAGAACCUUGAGAACCUUGAAAACCUGAUUGACAUGUGCUCAGAGGAUUCUAGAAUUAUUGUUUUUGUAGAAACAAGAGAAUGUGCUUCAAGGUUGAAGAAGCACUUGGGAGACAAGUACCCCAGAUACAAACCAAACCUAGCAGUUGGACAUGGAGGUCAUGAUGGACAGCAUUGGGUUGGUUUUCAAGAGAAAAUUAUUACAGAUUUUCACUCAGGAGAGUGUAAACUUCUGGUUGCAACAUCUGUACUUGAGGAGGGAAUUGAUGUGUCUGAAUGUGAUCUUGUGAUCAGAUACAGUGGUGUUGUCACACUCAUUCAGUUUAUUCAAAGCCGGGGAAGAGCUAGGAAAGCUAGUAGCAGGUUUGUUGUCUGUGUUCAUGAAGAAAAGUCAAAGGACGCCCAAAAUAUGGAACUACAAGAGAAAAAUAUGGACUUUGUUCUGUCAGAACAUAAUGAGAAAGAAAAUGUGUUCUCUCAAAAAAGUCAGGAUUUGUAUGAUCAUUUCUUAGGAGAUAUUACUUUGGAAGAAACAGACAGGGAAAAUUAUAUUCCUGAAUACUACAUCCAAACAGAUGCUGUGAUAGAGUUCUUCAUAUGCAUCAGGACUAGGGUCAAAAAGGAUGACAUACUUGAAGAUCUUGAAGAAUGCCUUGAGGGAUAUGGGUUUGAUGUAAAAAGAAUUGUUUUACAGGAAGGGCAGGCUCGACAAAGUUCCAGUCAAGUUUUUGGUUGGAAAGAUUUAAAGGUAUUGAUAGAGCUGGAACUGGAAGGUGAUGGCAAGAUAUUUAAAUUGAUACAGCAUGUGUUCAGUAACUGGAAAUUUCAACUUGGGCUAGAGAAGUUGCCAGUGUUUGCAAAGGUCAAAGUUAAAGAACCUUCUGAUUACAAAUAUAGUUGGAACCUCUCAUCCAUACUAUGUGGAGUCCUUCAAGAUAGGCAAACCUUUGUUCAUAAAUAUAGGCUGGAUAAUGACAUGGAGAAAAUGGAGCUUGUUUUUUCUAUGACUGGAAAACUGAUACAAGUCAAAUUCUCAGAAGGGGGAGAAACAUAUGAGAUGAAGCUAUCUUUACUUAAAACCUCCUGCUUGGGAUUUGGCUUGUGUAGCUGGGAUCAAAAUGAAUGCCAGUUGUUUAUCCCAAUUGAAAAUAUGCCAAUAUUGUAUGAGAUUACAGAAGAUCAUAAUGGUAGGCUCACUUCAUCGAGAGCAGCUUCUCAUCAGAUUUUGACAAGCUUAGCAAGAUUUCCAGUUUUAUCCUUGAAGAUAAGUAUCCCCAGCACUAAAGAUGGAUUAUUAUUGAGAGAAAUAUUAAACAACAGCUAUGUAUUUCCGUUGUCUACAUAUGAUACAAGAGUCACAAACCUGAUGGAUGUGGAGAAUCAAGAUUUAGAAUGUAACAUUGUAAUUCCAUCCAACUUUGAUCACAAGAAAGCAUUGAUGGAAGAUGAAUGGGAAAUUCUGAUAAAAUCAUCAGACUUAUCUCUCCAUUUGGAUAUAUCUGAUGUUAACAAAUACACUGAAAAGAUUAGAACUGCCUACUUAGAAGGAAAUUUCUCCACAGCAAAACAAUUGAGUGCUGCUGUGCGACUUGCUACUAGAGAAGGUAAAACAUAUUGGGAUAGUUAUGGACAUAUCAUUGAGGAGAAGCUAGUAAGGAUCCAAAAAAUGGGUAAAGAUGGAGACUUUGCUGAUUUCACAAAGCACUCUUUAGCUAAAAAUCAAAUAAGUGUUCUGAGAUUGGUUGUUACACCCUCCAGGUAUUAUUUUCCACCUAGUGUACCAAUGGCUGCAAGUCGACUCUCAAGAAUGUUGACGAAGAAUCAAUGCCAAAUCAUUGUGUCGUUUCGAGAUGAAAAUCUUGACAAGAUGGAAACUAGUCCUAAUGUUCUUUCCAGGAUACAUGACAACCUAAUAAAUGGAAUAAACCUGAAUGGUAGGACAUUCUAUUAUCUUGGCUCUAGUGCAAGUCAGCUAAGGGAGCAGAAAGGGAUCUUUCUGUGUGCAGAAUCUAGGGAGGAUGUGUUAGAACUCAGAAGACAAAUCAUCCCCAACCCAGAAAGCUUUGUAAUUCCUGCCAAGUACUUGUCAAGAUUGGGUCUUUUUGGAACAUCAGACAUAUCUGCUGGCUUCAUGAAGUUAGAGAUGUUUGAAAAAAUCCCAGACUUGAAAGCAAAAGAUGGCACUUUAGUAACCGAUGGGGCUGGAUUCAUCAGAGAAUCUCUUGCAUUUAAGCUGUUUGAGAGAUGUGAACUAUCUAGUAAACCUUCAGCAUUCCAGUUUCGUUGUAGAGGUCUGAAAGGAGUCCUUGUGGUCAUUCCUGACUCACAUGAAAUAUUCCGAGAGAGGAGUUCUUCUAUUUUGUAUCGCAAGUCUCAGGAAAAAUUUGUGUCAGAUCAUAUGGAAAUGGGCGUUGUGAAGGAAGCAAAAGCUCAUAGGGUAUUCUUGAAUAGAGAGUCAAUUACAUUGUUGGAAUCUAUGUAUCUUCUUAAUGUAGGAGUACAGAGUAUUUGGAAUUUUCCAUCAACUCUGAUUCAAAAUCAAGAUAAGUUCCUUGAAGAAACAGCAAAGAUGUUUGAAAAUAAUGAUGGGGCAGAAAGUGAACUUUGCAAUUACAUGCCCUCUGGUAUGUUGGCUAGUGUUAAAAAAUGUUUUGACAUAACUGGAGAGCCCUUCUUCUUCCGGCUUCUAAGAUGUGCACACAAAAUAACAAUCACAGAUUUGUGUAGAAGAGCAAAUCUUCACAUAGAAGAUGGUUGUCUCAUAAUGGGAAUUCCUGACUAUUCUGGAAAACUUGCAACAAAUCAAGUGUUUCUUAAAAUGAGCAAAGAUGAAAGAGAACCUAGAGUGAUUACAGGACCUGUCAUUAUGUAUAGAAAUCCAUGUUUGUAUCCUGGGGAUAUAAGACUGGUAGAAGCAAUUGAUGUCCCAGAACUUCAUUACUCAAAAAAUGUUCUUGUUCUCCCAGCAGAAAAGUCUGAUUCUUCUUUGUCUGGCCAUUGCAGUGGGGGUGAUUUAGAUGGAGACCAGUUUUCUGUUAUCUGGGAUAAGCAGUAUAUACCUCCUGCAAAGUUGAUUCAAGAACCACUAGAUUAUGAAAACCUAGAUGGAAAUGACCCUAUUGAAUAUGAUGAUGCCACUAGUCCUGAGGCCCUUGCUGAUUGUUUUAUUUCAUGUAUGGAGAAUGAUUCCAUUGGAAGAGUUGCACACAUGCAUCUGGCCCUUUCUGACUAUGUAGACAAAGGAGCAAUGGAUAAUCUAUGCAAAGAGCUGGCAAAAUCUCAAGCAGUAGCUGUAGAUUUCCCUAAGACAGGGAAAAGACCAAAAGUUCCUGAGAAAGCACAGGAAACAGUAAAAAGAGAAGGUUAUCCUGAUUUCAUGGAAAAGAAGGGUACUUCUUAUCCAUCCAAGAAAGUUUUGGGAGACCUUUACAGAGACUGUAAGUCUUUCUUGUUUACAUAUGAUUUAGAAGAAGAGGAUCACAAAAAGAUUCCAUAUGAUCAAGCAAUGGAAAUAGAGAUAUCUCCAGAGGUAUUAAAGAAGGCAGAAAGUGUGUAUGCAUUUUAUAUUUUAGAGAUGCGUAAAAUUAUGCACCAGUUUUCUCUUCGUCAGGAAGAAGAAGUUGUUCUUGGAAGAGCUGUUUCUUGGCAUCCACUUCUGAACAGUGAUCGAGACCGAUCUUCUCUUCACCUCAAAGCUGCAUACUCUGCAUUAAAAAAGAGAUUUUAUCAAAUCUUUAAAGAAAGUCCUCAAGAUCAUAUUCUGGAAUGGGCUGCUGCUUGGUACAGAGUUGCUUAUGAUCAAAACAAGGAAUACAAGGAUAGGCCUUUUCUUAGUUUUCCAUGGAUAGCCUAUGAGUUUCUGUGCAAGCUCAAAGGAUCUAGAAAUAAACUUCCUGAGGUGUUGGAUUCCAAUAUCAUCAAAGAACUAGGCCAAAGCAGCCUUGAAGUGCUGUAUGCUGAAAGUACAGUUGAGGACUUUAACCUUGAUUUUCUUAGAAAAAGGUUAAUCCAAAAGCAAAAAGUUCUUAAAAUUGUAAGUGACCAAAUUGCAAAGAAGUGGGGAGAUGACAUGUUCGAGCUUAGGCCUUAUGGAUCAGCCUCAAUGUUGUUAUGUGAAGAAGAUUCAGACUUAGAUAUUUGUGUUAGAAUCCUGCCAAAAGCUUAUGAAACUGCAAGAAAAAAACUUCCAGAAAAUGAAAUUGAUCAAAGAAGACACUUCUUACGCAUUUACAUUAGCUGUGCAGUUGAGGAUCUUCUGACAGAAAAGAUUGAUUUGAUUGGUAAUGAUGUUCCACUAAUUAAAGGAGAAAUUGACGGACAUAUCAAAGUAGAUUUGAGCUGCAAUCUUAGUGGACUGAUGAAAACUAAGUACAUUUUAUCACUAUUUUAUACUGAUGUGGCAUACUUUGUAACAUUUUGGAUUUUGAUUCGGUGGGCCAGAUUUUCUGGGUUGAUUAAGUUCCUUGCCUUAAAUAUUGACUCUUCUGUGCUUGAAACUGCAUCACUGUAUGCUUUGAUUAUUGAUCUACUUGAAACACCAGCUGGAAAUAGAUUGGAUCUACCUGACCAUGUAGAAUCCUUAACAAUGCCUGAAAUCCUGGAUGAUAUGAAGUUGAGGUUGGGUGAAGAAUUAAAGAAUAAUGAGAAUAUGCUGGACAGAGUUGGUAAGAACCUUUAUCGAUUCUUUCGCCAGGGACAAAGCUUGAAAGGUGAUCAAGUUCUGAUUUGGCCAGUUGAUGGGUUAAAUGAUGUUUUUAUUUGUUCUGAAGACACAGCCAUUUUCAGAAAGAGAUGUGCUCAAGCAUUACAUGUUUUACUUUACACUAGGAGCAUUACACAGUUGCUUGCUAAUGCAAGUGAAUAUACCAUAACAGAAACUGUGAUAUUGAAGAAACUUUCACCUAGUCUCAGCAAUGUUAUGCGACUUGGAAAAGAGUUCCAUGAGAGAAGAUUGAGUUCUUUGUCUAAAGCCAAAGUCUCCCUAACUGAUGAUCCUCUCUGUCACAAUCUUGUCUUUAGAGCAGAAGGUCCCAGGCGAGCAAUAGCAGAGGCACUAAAAGAACUAACGUCAAUGAACAACAAUAACAAAGCAUUUACAAUAGGUGUACCAACAAAAAAGGCUUCAAAGUAUUUCAUACAAGGGUCAACAAUGAUGAUGGUAAGGAGUUCUGAAGAAGUGAAUUGUAGAAUAGGAUUUCAUGAUACACCUGGAAACUAUCAACCACCUCAUAAAGUUCAUCAAAGAAGUUCACCAGUCAUAAUUUCUGAGACCCUUACUGAGGAAUCUAGAUGGAUCUCUGAAAUGUGUGUCCCAGAGUUAAGUUCAAAACUUAAGUGUCAACUUGAUACCCUACCAUUAGAUAAAGAUAAGGUUGUUAAGAGCCUGGAAGCAACAAUAAGAUUUGGAUGUGCUUACAUUAUUGACAUUGAAAGUAGACUUCCAAGAACACAGGUGUCCAUGUCAUUAGAUGAAUUUGUUGUUGGAAUUGAGAAAGGGAAAUCUAUGCGAAAAACUUGGGAAAGAGAUUUUCCUAAAGUAAGAAAGCAGAAGAUGAGCCCCCAAAAAAUUCCUAUGGUUGAAUUGAAAAAAUCCAGAGGAAUGAAGAUAAUGGAAGGAAAGGGGAAAGGUGUCCUUAAGUCUGAAGGGGAUAAAAAACGAGGGGUUGCAAUGAGUUUUCUUCCAGGGAACCUGAACCCAGACAACAAAAAUAUUUUACAACAACUGGAUUUUGCAGCUGAGGUUUACGAAGAAACCCUGGUAUCUCUUGGUUAUACAGUUUGUGCACCUGACCAAACUGGACUGUCUAGAAUAAUGAACACAGCAUACUGGGUACUCAACGUCACAGCUGCUACAGGUUUUGAACUUCAACUUAUCUUGGAUGAAAACUUUGAGUUUUAUGAGCUAAAGGAAAGAAAUUUGUCUCAUGUUCAUGCAACCUUUUUUCACGGGAAGAAAAUGGAUAUCGAGGACAGCUCAAGGAUUCUUAUUCCUGAAACAGAUAUUCGUUUCAUUGUACAAACUUCAGAUCAGGCUAUACCAAACUCAAAUCUCUUCAAGAUCGUAUUCCCGGAUGGAGAUACGACCAACCUGCCUGUUGAGCUGGACCCGGCUGGGAAGCCUAGGAUCAAGGAUGAUAUUGAUGAGGAGCUGAAGAAAGCAAUUCUGUUGGCCAAACAUUCGAAAAAUAUAAAACUAUUCAAGAAGGAUGAUAUUACUGCCUCUAUUAUAUCUGGGAAAUUCUACGCUGGUGACAGAUUGGCGGAUGAUCGAGGAUAUUGCGACCUGUCUCUAUAUUUCAAGCCUGAACACAUCAUACAAGCAAUCCAUGAGCAUGAUAAGAUGGAUGUGUUGGCUGAACUGUAUAUUACGGAGUCAAUCAAGGUUUCUAAUGAGCUGGAGAAGAGAAUUGAGAAAUUGAACAAGAAGUAUUGUCGGGAGAAGUUCAAUUCUUAAACUUGACUAGAUUAGAGAGUUCCACUUCUAGACUUUCUAAAUUAGAGAGUUCCACUUCUAGACUUUCUAGAUUAGAGAGUUCCACUUCUAGACUUUCUAGAUUAGAGAGUUCCACUUCUAGACUUUCUAAAUUAGAGAGUUCCACUUCUAGACUUUCUAGAUUAGAGAGUUCCACUUCUGAACUUUUUAAAUUAGAGAGUUACACUUCUGGACUUGUCUAGAUUAGAGAAUUUAACUCAUAGACUUGUCUAGAUUAGAGAGUUUUGCAAAUAGAGGUUUCAGGGCAUAAAGCGGUUCUCAGGGCAUAAAGCGGUUCUCAGAUUUGGGUAUCAAGUUACAUCCGGCUCAGAUCCGGGUAAUCGGUCACACCCGGCACAGUACCAGCAAAUCCGGCUGGAAAGGUUUCGUUGUUAUCGGUAGAAACCUUUCUUUGCGAAACUCUCUAGUUUUGAUCAAAGAUUUUAUGAUAUUUUCCAGAAAUACUGUGUUUUUGUAAAUUAUUUUUUUUCCUUUAUUAUUUUUGUUUAUUUGACUUCAUAAUUUAGCAUUACUAUUGACUAAUGAGUCCCAACACGAUCGUGAUUAUUUUAAGUACAAGUUUCAUAAAGUACAAGAAAAUCAGAUUGAAGUCUGAUAAUACAACAAAAAGUGAAUGUUUUGUAAAUUUGUAAUGUCUUGCAUGUGUAUGCCUUAUAAUCUACUAGUUAUUUAGGUACUUUAAGAUAUGUUAUUGCAUUUGAUUCUAUAAUUGUUCCAAUAAAAUUUGAAUUGUGCUUCAA